AUGGCCUCGCCAUAUGCUUUGCCCUCCUCCGCGCUCCCUCACGCGCAUCAGCAGCAUAUUCAUUCCCACGCGCACACUCAGGCGCAUCCCCAGUCCCAAUCGUCCCUACAUGCCUGGCGAUCAUCAAUGUCGACCGGAUCCCUCCACCCGUCCCUCGCCGACCACGACAACGAACACGACCGGCCACAUUCCACCUCGAAGCAGCCAUCGCAUGCUUGUCGAGAAUCCCACGCCUCCAACAUGAGUGCAUCGUUGCAUCGAGACAAGCGCCCGCCGGCCUGCCCGCCGGCCUCAUUGGAUCCCCUGGGCGGUUGGACAGAGGAGACGACAGCCGGCGGCAAGAGUAUUCUGACUCUCGGGCCUGGCGCAGCAACUGCACCAUACUCGCCUCCAAUUAGCCACGAUCACAGUCAUAGAAAUCACUCGCUCGACCACGGCCACGACCACGAACACAACCAUGGCCUCAUGUACAACAACGCCCAUGACGACGGACAUAGACAUCACCACCAUGCUCACGCUGACGGGCAUCGAACCGACGCUGGCAAGGCGCCGAGGUCUCUAUUCACGAGGACAUUGCUAACAUAUACCGCUCGGGUCCCGGUUCUGCAUGCGAUUCUUGUUGAGAAGGACUCGCGACGAAUCUUUUACUUCAUGGUCUUGAAUUUUGGCUUCAUGACUGUUCAGGCUUUUUACGGCUACGUCACCGAUUCGCUGGGACUUUUGAGCGACAGCAUACACAUGUUCUUCGACUGCGUGGCACUCUUGGUAGGGUUGCUAGCAGCCGUCAUGAGCAAAUGGCCUCCGAGUCAAAAAUUUCCAUAUGGGUUUGGCAAGAUGGAGACUCUGUCAGGUUUUGCCAACGGUAUUCUUUUGAUGCUUUUGAGCGUCGAGAUUGCUUUCGAGGCGUUUGAACGAUUAUGGGAUGGCACCAAGACCAAGCGACUUGGUGAAUUAUUUAUUGUGAGCACCCUGGGUCUUGCAGUAAACUUGAUCGGAAUGAUGGCUUUCGGUCACCAUCAUCACGGCCACAGUCACGGUCACGGUCACUCCCACGAUCACAGCCACUCCCACGAUCACAGUCACUCCCACGAUCUCAGUCACUCCCACGAUCACGAUAGCCACAAACACAACCACUCGCAUGGCUGCGACGGCAACCAUGGUCAUGGCCAUUCGCAUGACAAUGAAAACAUGCAUGGCAUCUACCUACAUAUUCUGGCCGACACACUGGGCAGCGUCUCGGUCAUUGUCUCGACAGCACUGACGAGCGUAUGGGGAUGGGCGGGCUGGGACCCUUUGGCCUCAUGCUUCAUCGCCGUUCUCAUCUUCUUGUCCUCGAAGCCGCUCGUGAUCUCCUCGGCCAAGCGCCUGCUUCUUAGUGUCCCCGAGGUUACUGAGUAUAACCUGCGAAACACGCUCGGCGGAAUCCUAGACCAGCGCGGCGUGGCGAAUUACUGCGCCCCCAAGUUCUGGUUGGAUGACCGAACCGGGAGCGAGGAUGGCGAGAAGCUUGUCGGCGUCGUGCAUAUUGUUGUGGCACAUGGGUACGGCAUGGACGAAGUGCGAGAUCGAGUCCGCGUCUAUUUGAAGAGCCAGGGAGUUGAGGCAGUGGUGCAAGCGGAACGAGAAGGCGACAAUGCCUGCUGGUGCACCAGGAGUCGUGGCGCCCUAGCAUUGCCAUCUGCUCCGAAAAUGCUUUAG